AUGUGCUCUAUAAAACGAGGUAUGAAUGAAGGAAAUCAGAGUUGGGCACCUGGGGCGGUUCCCUCGUCAUCAUCUACAUCAUCUAUCAAUCCAGCUGAUAAUGAUCAAUUAACAGCACUCAUUAAGGAUACGAUAUCUUCACAGAAUUUUCUUAGUGAUCUACACAACUUAAUUGCAAACAAUUCACUCAUUAGUGAAUUAUGUCGUCAAAUUACGUCAUCGCCAAUAUUUGUUCAAUUAAUCUCAACUCUGGUCUCAUCAAAAAUAAUACACUGUGGAAAACAAAUUGAAAAAUUACAAUCAACCGUUGAUGAACUUGAUAACACCGUGACAGAGCUUUAUGAAUAUGUUAAUCAAUUAGAAAUGAGAUAUAAUGAAUUAGAACAAUAUAAUAAACGAAAAAAUUUGAUCAUCCAUGGGAUUCCUGAAACAUUAAAUGAACAUACUGAUAAAAUUGCUGUGGAUAUUGCUAAAUCGAUCGAUCAUUCAUUGGAUGAAAAAUCAAUUUAUGCAUCACAUCGAUUACCAACUAGCAAUAAAAAUAUUCCUGGAUCAAUUGUAGUUGGUCUUUUACGUUAUUCUGAUCGGCAAGCAAGCAUUAAAAAUCGACAGAAAUUACGUGCAUACCAAUGUUAUAAAAAUGUAUUUAUCGUCAUUUAA